AUGGCAGAAGUAACCAAAAAGCCGAAACAGGAAAGCCAGACCUGUUUCUUUUGCAAGACGGGGCCACUUGACAAGCUUGUGUACAUAACUCACAUACUGGGCAAACGGCACCAGAAGAACCUCAAAAACAGGAACCAGCCCCCAGUUAGUGAUGUGGCACGCCGCACAGUUCACGUCUCAGGUUAUGAUGCAAACACCCAGAUUGAAACUAUCUUAGGGGCCUUUUGGAAGCACAGAGUGCGCACUGUUAAUUGCCAGCAAGGGUUUACCUUUAUUGAGUUUGAUACAGUUGACAUAGCCCAGGAAGUACUAAAACAGAAGUUUAGCAUAGGAAACAAACCUUUGAAAGUUAGUGCUAAACGUCAGAAUAAUUCACGGAAUGAUGGUGCUGAGGCUCUUGUGCUUAGUCAAUUUUUAGAGAAUACGUUGAAGCAGAGAGUGCCUGCCAAUCAGAUCGACAACCAGAUUUAUUCCAUUAUCAGAGAAGUAGAGCUUAGGCCAGAGGACUACCAAUGCAGGGAAUAUCUGAGGAAGAGUAUGAUGGACUUUCUUGCACCACAUUUUCCAAAGGUGUUUGCCUAUGUCUUUGGAUCCUCUGCUAACAACUUGGGCUUUGUUGGCUGUGACGUGGAUCUCUACAUGGAUCUUGGAGUAGAUCCAUGGGCGCAAGGAUCAAAAAGUAGGAGGACCUUUGGGGGACCCCCACCGGGAGGGGCAACGGGGGGGGCGCAAGGAUAUUAA